AGAUUGCAGAGCUGCUCGUGCCUGUGGCACAGAGGACCUCGACCAGCCACUGCGCAGCGUUACCAUGAACGUCUCCAUCCCGCCGACAGAUACCCAUCCCGACUGUUUUACUAUCGCGACGAGCUCUAGAACAGCCUGCGACCCGGACCGACACUGCCCGACCGCAGAAUGCACGGGGGAAAGAGAGGGCUGGUGGCACCGCAGAACACUUUUUUGGAAAAUAUUGUCAGACGUUCAAGUGAAACCAGCUUCCUCCUUGGGAACGCGCAGAUUGUUGAGUGGCCUGUAGUGUACAGUAAUGACGGAUUCUGCAAGCUCUCAGGGUACCACAGGGCCGAAGUCAUGCAGAAGAGCAGCACAUGCAGUUUUAUGUACGGAGAGCUCACUGACAAGAAGACCAUAGAGAAAGUCAGACAGACCUUUGAUAACUAUGAGUCCAAUUGCUUUGAAGUCCUGCUGUACAAGAAGAACCGGACACCUGUCUGGCUGUACAUGCAGAUUGCCCCCAUCAGGAAUGAGAAUGACAAGGUGGUGCUGUUCCUGUGCACCUUCAAAGACAUCACCGUCUUCAAACAGCCCAUCGAGGACGAGUCCACCAAGGGAUGGACCAAGUUUGCACGGCUGACGCGAGCUCUGACCAACAGCCGAGGCACCCUGCAGCAGCUCACUCCCAUGAGCCGAGCAGAGGUCUGCCACAAGCCUUCACGCCUGGCCGAGGCUCUCCAGCUGGGCUCUGACAUCCUCCCCCAGUACAAGCAGGAAGCACCCAAGACACCCCCUCACAUCAUCCUUCACUACUGCGCCUUCAAGACCACAUGGGACUGGGUGAUUCUCAUCCUGACCUUCUACACGGCCAUCAUGGUGCCCUACAAUGUGUCCUUCAAGAGCCGGCAGAACAAUGUGGCUUGGCUGGUGCUGGACAGUGUGGUGGAUGUCAUCUUCCUGGUGGACAUUGUGCUCAACUUCCACACCACCUUUGUGGGGCCCGGUGGUGAGGUCAUCUCUGACCCCAAGCUCAUCCGCAUGAACUACCUGAAGACCUGGUUUGUCAUCGACCUCCUCUCCUGCCUACCCUAUGACAUCAUCAAUGCCUUUGAGAACGUGGAUGAGGACCCCAUUUCAGACGCCUCGUCAGUUGGGCAUCUGCGUGAGACAGCUAGCGCGCACAGAAACACAACCCGGGGAGAGGAUUCAGUGCUCCCGGGCCUCAGCAGCUUGUUCAGCUCUCUGAAGGUGGUCCGCUUGCUCCGACUGGGACGGGUCGCCCGGAAGCUGGACCACUACCUGGAGUACGGGGCGGCCGUUCUGGUGCUGCUGGUGUGUGUGUUCGGCCUGGUAGCCCAUUGGCUGGCCUGCAUCUGGUACAGCAUCGGCGACUACGAGGUCAUCGACGAGGCCACCAACACCAUCAAAACGGACAGCUGGCUUUACCAGCUGGCCACCAGCAUCGGCACACCCUACCGCUACAACGCCAGUGGCUCCGGCCAAUGGGAGGGCGGCCCCAGCAAGGACACGCUCUACAUCUCCUCCCUGUACUUCACCAUGACCAGCCUGACCACCAUUGGCUUUGGGAACAUCGCACCUACCACCGACGGAGAGAAGAUCUUCUCUGUGGCCAUGAUGAUGGUUGGAUCUCUCCUGUACGCGACCAUCUUUGGGAAUGUCACUACCAUUUUCCAGCAGAUGUACACCAAUACGAACCGCUACCAUGAGAUGCUGAACAAUGUGAGGGACUUCCUCAAGCUCUACCAGGUGCCCAAGGGAUUGAGCGAGAGGGUCAUGGACUACAUCGUGUCCACCUGGGCCAUGUCCAAGGGCAUCGACACGGAGCGGGUGCUGUCGUACUGUCCCAAGGACAUGCGGGCAGACAUCUGCGUCCACCUGAACCGGCAGGUGUUCAACGAGCACCCGGCCUUCCGGCUGGCCAGCGACGGGUGCCUGCGCUCCCUGGCAGUGGAGUUCCAGACCAUCCACUGCGCCCCCGGCGACCUCAUCUUCCACGCCGGGGAGAGCGUUGACACCCUGUGCUUCGUGGUGUCGGGGUCACUGGAGGUCAUCCAGGACGACGAGGUCAUCGCCAUUCUGGGCAAGGGGGACGUGUUUGGGGACGUUUUCUGGAAAGAGACCACCCUGGCACACGCCUGCGCCAAUGUGCGGGCACUCACCUACUGUGACCUACACACCAUCAGGCGGGAGGCACUACUGAAGGUCCUGGAGUUCUACACUGCCUUUGCCAACUCCUUCUCCCGCAACCUCAUCCUCACCUGCAACCUGCGCAAACGGAUCAUCUUUCGGAAGAUCAUAGAUGUGAAGAAGGAGGAGGAGGAGCGCCGGCAGCAGAAGGAUGAGGUGACCCUGUCCAUCCCCGUGGACCACCCUGUCAGGAAACUCUUCCAGAAGUUUAAGCAGCAGAAGGAGAUCCGCGCCCAGGGCUCGGCCCAGCAGGACACAGACCGGAGCCAGCUGCAAGUGGAGCAGCACCACCUCCACCUGCGGCCGCACCCCUCAUACCAGCCACUGCAGAAUGGUGCCCCCAGCACGGGCGGCAGCAGCGUGGUCACCGUGUCGCAGAUCACCCCCAUCCGGAACUCGCUGGCCUAUGUGCAGCCCGAGCCAGCCGAACGGCCCAGCCGCGACAUAAUGGAGCUGAAGCCGGCCGACCAGAACUGUCUGCGGGUCCGCAGCCCAACCCGGCCCAGAGCCUCCGCUGGCCGCGGCUGGGCCCGGCUCAAGAGCGCCGCCACCGCGCCAACGGAGGACAGAAAGGAGGAGUGGUCGGGGGGCGUGUCACAGGCCGAGUCCAUGGAGCUGCUUUCAGAUGAUGGCAGGGGCCCGGAAGGUGGGGACGGGAAGAACCCCCUGCGCAAGACGGACUCCUGUGACAGCGGCAUCACCAAGAGCGACCUGCGGCUGGACCGGGCCGGAGAGGCGCGCAGCCCCCUGGAGCGCAGCCCCCUGGAGCGCAGCCCGCUGGAGCACAGCCCCAUCCCAGCCGACGCACCGCUGCGCCUCGCCUUCCAGCCCAUCCCCGAGCAGGCGCUGCACGCCAGCCUGCAGGAGGCCAGGCAGGAGCUACGCGGGGACAUCCAGGCGCUUGCAGCCCGCAUGUCCGCCCUGGAGGACCGGGUGGCCGAGAUCCUCCGGCUGCUGUCCGAGAAGAGGCCCCCGCCGCAUAUCUCCACACCCAGGACCAAAAGCAAGCGGCAGGACAUUUUCACUGUCUCGCGGCCGGCGACACCUGAGUCCGAGAAGGAUGACGCAGGACAGUUUUAA